GACAAUACUGACAUUUAGAAAAUGUAAACAUAUUGAUUGGGGUUGUAUUUUUAUCACAUUUUAUUGAUCUGCGUUCACGAGAAGGUGUAGUACACGAUGAAUAUUGACCAAGAAACGGCGAAAAAGCUCCUUGUCGAAGGAGGAACGUUUGUUUUCCUCGGGGUGCCCCCGGAGACGCAAUUUGGUAUCGACAUGCAAUGUUGGAAUACUGAAGAAGACUUUCGCGGCAUAAAGAUGAUCCCACCGGGUUUGCAUUAUAUCCACUACUCGUCAGUGAGUAAAGGAUCAGGCGAUGUUGGUCCCAGGUCUGGAUUUAUGCAUAACUUCCAGCAGAAAGAGUUCCUUGUAAAGAUGUGGGACAAAAAAACUGAAGAUAUGAGCAAGGAAGAAAUAAGUGAUGAAAGUAUACAACGCUUGAAAGACAACCUGUUGAACUUGGAUCGCCAUUUGGGACCAUACCCAUAUGAUAUAUGGCAAAAAUGGAAACUACUCACUUCACAGAUGACAGCUGAACUCGUUGCAAAACUGUCACCGGAAUGUGGAAUCAUCAGAGCUUCAGUUGAGCUAUUGUCUACUACCGACGCCGACAGACCAAGAGGUGUCAAGUCACAAAGCUCAGCCGAGAAGGAAGAUGGCACUAAUCCAGAAGAAUCACCAACAACAGACCCUUUGGCACUUGAUGAGGCUAUUCCAGGGCAAUCUGAUGCUAAGAGGGCGAAAAGAAUCACACAGGAAGAAAAAGAAGAUGCAAUGUUGCCAGAUUUGAAACCAGCACCAGGCACUGCUAUGAGGUUCACUGAAAUACCAAGAGACAAAUAUCCACCAGGAUCCACACCUGAAGAGAUCACAAAACACUAUUUGGACCAGUCUUACUGCUUAGAGCUGAUGAUUGCUCAGCAUGAAGAACCUCUACAUAUCAUAGGUGAGCUACAGUUUGCAUACAUUUGCUUCCUUAUCGGACAUUCCCUUGAAGCUUUCGAGCACUGGAAGAAUCUCGUCUUAGUCCUAUGCUCCUGCGACGACGCUAUCCACAAAUACAGGAGUGUCUUCUUCCAUUUCAUUCGUACUAUUGAAGUGCAAAUCGAAGAAAUGCCAGAGGAAAUGCUUGCUGAUAUCGUCAUGAACAAGAACCUAGUUUACAAGAAACUGCGCGAAUUCUUUCGCACAGCAUACGUGAGCAAAGUCGAUGGUCGACUUCUGACGAUGAUCGAAAGGUUCAAAGAAAACUUGACUGAGAAGCUGCAGUGGGAUUUCACAGGACUCGAUGCCGAUGAAGAAGAUGAAAGGCCAGUUGUCGUUCAUCUAGUUGAAGAAACAGAAAUAGACUAAACCAGUACUAAACUCUUUUAGUAUGAAAAAUAUCAAUUCUAGACAAAUAUUUUCUAAUAGUAAUUAUGUACUGUGUACAUCCAAGUUUUUAUUUUUAUUAUUUAAAAGGUUUAUUAGUUCCCUAUUGAAUGUCUUAAAAAUAAUUACUAAUUCUUUAAUAUUCGCUCUCUGUAUCAAUCACCCCAGUAAGUGUGUAACAGUAUUAGUGACAAUGUAAUCGGUAGAUAUUUAUCUGCACUUUUCUCUAUACUUUGCAGAUUCAAUUCUCAAUGUUUUAAUUAAUUCUGGUUACUACAACAGUCAAUAAAGUGUACCUGCAUAA